GGGGCUGCAGUGUUUGGUACCUGGGCUGGGGGCAGGAGAAGCACAAGGGAACACCACGCUGCAAAUUGAUUCGUGCUCCUUCAGUUCUUGGUUUAAUUUGAUUUAAAAAUCUUUCAGCCCUGCCACCCUCACUGCUUUAAAAAUAAUAGCAAAGAUCUCGGUUAUAAUUCACCUGUUCUCAGAAUGGAAAGGCAGAGGCCGGGCGGAACACCGAAUGACGAUUCUGGCGAAGCCGUGGAAGAGCUUGACAGUGACGCCGCUACAGACGAUGGCGCUGAAGAUCCAAUGAGGCCAGCCAGUGUCCCAGGAGAAAGGACACCAGAGCCUGAUCUGAGCGAAGCCUCCCCCUCAGAAGAGUUCGAUCAGGCUGCCCUACCAAGCAGUACAGAGCUCAGCACGGUGUUGGGUGAGAGUCUCACCAGCUCACAUGACAAGAAAUACCCUGCUUCCUCGUCUCGCCUUGUUAAAUUCACUGUUACUCUGACGCUGGCCAUUCCGGAAGGUCUUGAGGGUGGCGGAAAGAACUUGCUCGAAAAGUCCAAAUCAAUGAAGUCAUUGGAAGCAUUAAAACCUCUCAAAUAUUAUCAUAUCGAAUGGACCCUUCUCCCAAAUGGUGAAGUGACAAAACUCGAUAUAGUGACCUUUGCGACAGCGGCAAAAAUCUAUAUGGGAAUAGACAGCCAGGUUCUGAAGCCAUGGUAUGAUGGUGAUCAAAUGUGGUUGGUCUUCAGUCAUAGUGUGGAGCUGCCAGUCUCUAAAGAAACACUGUUAAAACUUGGUUCUUAUGUGAUGACACUUCAUAUAUGGGACAGUAAGGAUAAAGUCAGCUCCAAGGCAAAGUUUGAUCGGUCCAAGCCUUUGCGUAUUUUCAUGGAGAACAAAAAUAUAGAUGAGGAAAAACAUUUGGUUCAGGAGCAGUUGAAACUGUUAAAAAAUAGUCCCCUCUUGACAACCUAUAAAGAAACCAAUCAUAUAUACCCGAAAGAUCUCUCUCAAAUCCUUGGAGAAGGUCCUGUUACCUCAUCAGACCAAGCCAAUAUUGAACAUUUAGAACCUGCCAGUCAUGUUCAACAACAACAAAGUGAGAAAGAGCCAUGUGCAGACUUCAGACCAAGUAAAGUAAAGAAAAAAAAGAUUUCAGCACUACAGACACCUACAAAGGGAGCUUCUCACAAAAAACAAACAGGAGGUGUCACUGCAGCUGAACCAAAAACCAAGUCCAAAAGCAAGAUUCUGCAUGAGGAAGCACCCCAGCAACCACGUCAGAAAAAGAAAGUGACAGAGAAAUAUAGCUCAGGUACAAUAAAGCUGGAUAUGAGGCUGCUUCUUGCAGGAGAUAAAUCAGUCACAAAUAAAAUGGAUGACAGAAUGCCUGGAAUAUGGGAUGCUAUUUUCACGAUAUCCGUGGAUAAUUCACUUAUGUCUGAGGAAAUGGAGAGGGAAUUGAAUCCAAUGGUCAUUCGUAUUAUUUCAGCCAGCUCCAUGCCAUCGACUCCUGUACCAAUCCAUGUGCUACAGUCUAUCAUCUUUGAUUCAAAAAACAUUGAUAUACAUGCAAGAAUUCCACCAGAAACCAUGAAAGGACUCAAAGAGCUGGGUCUGUUUGGACAACAGGUUCCUGUAGAGUAUGGUGGCCUUGGUCUAUCAAACACCAUGUAUGCACGAAUUGGUGAGAUCACUUCUUUAGAUGGGUCAAUAGCUGUUACGCUAGCGGCUCAUCAAUCUAUUGGACUGAAGGGAAUUCUAAUUGUUGGCACUGAUGAACAAAAAGCCAAAUAUCUGCCUAAACUAGCAACUGGAGAACAUGUUGCAGCUUUUUGUCUCACAGAACCAGGAAGGGAAUCCUACUUGUCACCAAUUAGUUGUCUUAAAAGUUACAUCAGAUACCACUGUGGUGCAGACUCAGGAACUAGAAAUGCUGCCGUCUCAAAGACAAAACUUCGCAGCCAAGUGUUCGCUUGGAAGGAACAUAUUCUGUAUGGAAACCUAUUUAAACCAAUCCUUCCACGUGGCAGAUGGAAAUGGAGUGAAAGACAUAAAGAUUUUGAAUUAUACAAGAAGUUAACUUAUGAACCAACCCCAGUCAGUAUUCAUUUGGCAGGUGAUACUUUAAAAGCUGAACAACUUGAAACUAUUUACAAAGAUUAUGAGGACUGGCGUUCGAAACUUUUAGUAAACAAGAACAAAUGCUGCAAUCUUAAAAAAACUGAAUUACAGACGACUCGGCCAGAAGCAAGCACACAAGUGGAUAAGUCUGUGAUAGCCUCCCUCAAGCAACCCAUUUCCAUUUUACAGCAUACAACUUACUCAGAUGUUGGAAAUUUGAUAAGAUGUAAAUCCCCACAUCAGUCAGAAGUCACCAAAGGGUUUGCCCCUGGUUUAAAUGAUAACCGUAGCUGGAAAAUAAAUGCGAACAUAAUUCCUCGGUAUGACAUGGAGCACAAGAAGUUUGCUGAUCUCAAAGGAAAUGAUUUCAAUGUAUACUGCAAUAAGCAUACGCUUAUUUACAAUCCUAAACUCAAUCCACUAAACGAGGAAAUGGAGAAGACCCACCUGUUCCAAACAAACAAGCCUGCCACAGAAGUACUCUAA